UGCUGCUGGGUGCUGCUGCUGUGCUGCUGCUGUUGGUGGUGCGGAGGUGCGGACCGUGAAGCGGCCGGAGUGAAUCUGGCCGGAGUGUGUCAGUCGGUUGGUGAAUCCUGUCGGCGUUGCUCGGCGCACAUUGCACGUUGCGAGUGUAUGAUACUGCGGCGGCGGCGGCGAGCCGAUAGCGAGCCGAUAGCGCAAGCCGUGAGUCAGAGAUCGGUAGCCGACGAGGUGAAGAGGGUGCGGUGCCGUCUGCAGCGGGCUCCUCCGCUGCUCCAUCUCGUCGUCGUCGGUGUCGGCGAGUGUCUGCUGAUCGCACGCUACUGGUCCAUGUGCUCUGCUGACUAAAAUGCUCAUCAAGGAAUUCCGUGUCACUCUGCCCCUCACAGUGGAAGAGUACCAAGUAGCUCAACUGUAUUCUGUAGCAGAGGCUAGUAAAAAUAAUACAGGCGGCGGAGAAGGCAUUGAAGUAUUGAAGAAUGAGCCGUUUACGGAUUAUCCGUUACUCGGUGGAAAGUAUUCAUCAGGCCAAUAUACAUAUAAGAUUUAUCACUUAGCUAGUAAAGUGCCUGCUUUUAUUCGCAUUUUACUGCCAAAGAACUCGUUGGAGAUCCACGAAGAGGCUUGGAACGCUUAUCCCUAUUGUAAGACAGUCAUAACUAAUCCAGGGUAUAUGAAGGACAAUUUCGUGAUCAUGAUAGAAUCCUUUCAUAUCGGCGAUGUCGGCAAUCAGCAUAACGUGCACGAAUUGCCGCCCGAUAAGCUUAAAAUCAGAGAGGUAGUGCAUAUAGAUAUUGCCAAUGAUCCGGUCGCCAGUGCCGAUUACAAGGAGGACGAGGAUCCGUCUAAAUUCAAGUCCCAGAAGACGGGACGGGGCCCACUCGUCGGGAAAGACUGGAAGCAUAAUGUUCAACCUGUGAUGACGUGCUACAAGCUAGUCACCUGUGAAUUCAAAUGGUUCGGUCUGCAGACUCGCGUCGAAGGAUUCAUUCAGAAGGCGGAACGCCGCCUGUUCACCAAUUUCCAUAGACAAGUGUUCUGCUGGAUAGAUCGUUGGUACGGUUUAACUAUGGAGGAUAUUAGAGCAAUUGAAGACAAUACGAAAGAAGAAUUAGACAGGCAAAGACAUCAAGGUGAAGUACGGGGUAUGCGAGCUGACGAUUGAGGCUUCGAUAGCUUCUAUUAUGAACGGUUAAAUCAAUUUCCUUAUACAUGUACACACAAAUACAGACGCAUACCUACAGAUGUACACCCUGUUACGCUCUGUCAUAGACGAUUCCACAGGAUUCGGACGAUUUCUGGAAUUUACGUGUCUAUAGAUUCAGUGUCUAUUACAAAUUACUUACUAUUUUAAUUUAUUUUACAUUUACAAGCGUUUUAGAUAAAUGUAUCUACAGUCAAAGAUUAUUAUAAUGUAGUUAUUAUUAUAAAAAAAAAAAGAGACAAACGAAAGGAAUCAGAAUUAUCUGGUUCUCUUGUUUAAUGCAUAAUUAUGAAAAGAAUCUGGUUUCGUGAAAACCAUCAUAGAUAAAAAAAAAAAUUAUGAUUACUUAACAGCAGUUCGUAGUUCGAUAAUAAUAGAUAUUGGAGUUCAAUUAACGAACAAAAUGCUUGCUGCGAAGAGUACAUAAAGAAAAAAAAAAACAAAGGAAAAUAUGUGAUUUAACAUCGCGAGUUUGAUCGUAGUUAAAUAGUUAAAAAUUCCACAGUUUAAUAUAUUAAUGUACAAUUGAAAAUCUAAAUGUUGCAUAUUAACGAUCUGUAUUUCGAACUAUUAUUUCGACCGAAAGUGUAAUGUAUUAGAUCGUGUAUUUUCGAAAGAAGAAAAAGCAGAGUAGUAUUUUCUCAAUUCUACGAAAGUGUAUAUGUGAUCAGGAAGCUCGAUUCGAAAAAACUUUAUAAGAAUCUUCAAUGUGUAUCUAUAGUUAUUUCGUGGAAUUCUUGAUGAUUCCGCGAGGCAAGGUACUACGGUAGAUUUCAACCUACAAUGUUCCUCUAUUCUUUCGUUCCGUUCGUUAUCGACGAGCGCGAGACGUGUAUAUGUAUCUAUAUCCCCUAAAAAGUUAGGACCAAACUGAUGGAUUUUUUAAUUAUACUGCGAUGCUAACAGUAACGUAUUAACAUACUACUCUAAAUUGUUUACUCACGACGGGAGGGGAGAGGUGAUGUAUUCUAUGUAAAGUGCUCACACUGAUAUACAUAUACACACAUAUGUAGAGAAACAGAGUUUAGGCUAUUUCAAUAUUGGUGACAGCGGGUGAAUGACGAAAGGGUGCGUUGUUGUAUAUAUAUAUAAAAAAAAGAAAAAGAGGUAUACACA